AUGUACAGCGCGUUGCUCUUGUUUCUCGCGGCGGUCGUUCCUGGCGCCGCUUCGGUCGUUCAGGUCGGGACAAGAGCGAAUGCGAAUGCUCUAGUGGACUCGAAAGGCCUGGAGUUUGUCUCCCGAGACGCUUUCUGUGCCUAUCAUUGCAGUCACGUACAUGUGACGCAGGCGCAUCGUCACUUGCGGGAACAAUCGGAAUGUCUCGAGAGUCUUUGUGGCGCGUCGCUUGGUACCGUCGAGAGUCCAUUAGCGUCUCCUUCUCGACGUCUUUUACGUCCGAGUGUGGCAUUUACUGGCGAUCAGAGCAAUAGCAACGAAGCAGCAGCUGCGGUCGUCGGGGACGUUCAUGCUGCUGAUGAAGAUGGCAAGGACGUGACGAUCAUCAGCGUCGUCUCGUGCGCGAGUGUCACGGACAUUACACUGAGCAUCGGGGACCCGGAACGAGACGAGUUUGCUGGCUUUUAUCAAGCGUUUUCCACAGCUUAUGACGCCAUGCUGGCCGGUGCGAACGCGACGUUUGACGCGUGCCAGUUGCAGUUUCUGCAGAAGGAGUUGCUCACCACGUACGCGACGGCCGACUUGAUGGACGACGACGAUGUGAUGGAGAUCAAACCGUCGUUGAUCAAGCUGAAUGCGUCGAGUGACGAGCUGACGUGUUUGAAGCAGAUUAAACACAUUUGGCCCGCAUCGAGCGAGAGCCACACGCCGUUUUUGACCAGGAGUGACCAGGACAAUGCCAUGGCGACCGUUCUCUUGGUGCACGUGAGUGCCGCAAUUGGCGACGAGAUUCUGGCUUUGUCUUGUGUCGAGAGUGUCACGGUGUUGCCACCGAUUCUCAAAUUGAUGCCAUUUGCCAAGAGUUCGUAUGCGCUGUCGAGAGACACGUCCAAGUCGAAAGAGGGACCCGCACUUGAAAUUCGCCUGGCCAAGGUGGUCAACACGCAACGAGCACUCAAUCGAUUGUCUGCUCGAGUGACGAAAGCAACAGGGAUCCAGAACUUGAUCACGAUGCAGAGCUCGACUCCAGAUAUUGGAGGAGUAUUGCUGCAAACGGCAUUGGAUGACUACACCACGUGGACACAGGUGUUAGCUCUUGUGCUGGAUGACGAGGCCGUCGAGUGGGUCGAUCUGCAGCAGGUCGUUACCACAAGUUCCCUUCAAGCACUCAAAGUACCAACUUUGGAGCAGCGUCUAUUGCGCGAGAGCUUUCUUGACGAGACUGGGCAAAUGGAGGUGAGCACGAAGCACACAAGUCGACGACUGGAUGACUACGUUCAGGACUUGAUGGGCGUGAACAUUAUGCGGGAGCACAAUAUCACGGGCAGCUCCAUUGUGGUUGGGAUCACGGACACGGGACUUUACAUUGACCACGACCAAUUUGACCAGGAAUCCCGGAAAAUGUACGACAAGCCGGACUUGACUGCUCGCAAGGUCAUUUACUACCAAACGUUUGCCAACGAUGUGGACGAAGCGGAAGAUGUGACGUGUGGCCACGGUACACACGUUGCAGGUGUUUUAGCAGGCAGUUCGUACAGCAAGUUGCACGGCGAUUUCGGGAUCGCUUCCAGUGCUCGAAUCGCUUUCAUGGAUAUUGGAAAGCAGGACGCUUCUUGUGCUGGGAUGAGUGGAUGUGAGGUGUCACUGGAAACACCCGGUGAGGUUGCGAACCUCAUGAAAGCCCAAGUCGACACAGGUGCUCGUAUCUUUUCCUUCUCCUGGGGUACUGGAGCCAACGAUUACAACACGCAGACCGAGCAAGUGGACGAGUACAUUUACAACAACCCCGAGAUCUUGAUUGUUGUUGCAGCGGGGAAUAGUGGUGAAAAAGGCAGUUUUACGAUCAGUAGUCCAUCCGGUGCGAAGAACGUCAUCUCGGUUGGUGCGAGUCUCAAUGCCGCCGCUUCGUUCGCAUCGACUCCGUGUCAAUCCAUUCUGAAUGAAAACACGGUCGCGUCGUUCUCAUCGAUUGGACCGACACUGGACGGUCGAUUGAAACCGGAUUUAGUUGCCCCUGGAAUGUCCAUCAUCUCGUCCCAGUCGGAACAACCUGGCUCGAAAGUCAAAUCUUCUGCUGUGUGUCCCCUUCAAGGAACAUCGCAAGCUACGCCGGUUAUUGCUGGCAUGGCAGUGCUCAUUUUCGAAUGGUUACGGGAUGGAUGGUGGAAAAAUGGUGUCGCGGAUCCGACCUUCGGGAUGGACACAAUUCCCGCUUCUUUGAUCAAAGCUUUGCUGCUCCAUAGUAGUGAAGCCCUGUCGCGACGUCUCAUGGAACCAACUACCGGAGUCACUUCGUGCGUUGCGCUGGAAGCUGGAGCUGUGAAGUUGUCGUCGUACCCGGAUUUCAACCAGGGAUACGGGAAACCAACAAUGCUCAACCUCGUGUCGUUUCUCGGCCACGACGUGAUUUCCCGACCUUCCUCCUCGUCCUCGUCGUCAUCUUCCACUGCUUCCACUGCUUCGGCUGCAUCUUCUUCCACCACCAGCAGCAACUCGAUCUACUUUUUCCCCAACUCUUCUGCUGGUUCCGAACCCAGCGUAUUGGAAGGCAGCGAAGUGACGUUCCACUUUAUGUUGACAGCCAGCGUGAACCUGCGCGUCACUUUAGUGUGGACCGACCCUCCCGGAUCCGUUGGGAGCAAGCUGACCUUGCAAAAUGACCUCGACUUAACCUUGAAAGUGGCCAACACGUCGGCUCUGUUUUACCCGUUAUCAGGGAACGGGUCCCGGGACUCUGUCAACAACGUCGAGAUGGUCGAAGUCUCGUACGACGAAGUCUUUGCCGUUGUAACGAAAGCCGGGAUGAAGGUCGACAGCGGAUACAUCUACGUCCAAGCGGUCGUGAGUGGCUACAGUGUCAAAGCAGGCGCGAAUGCAACAACCACGGGUCAGAAGUUCUCCAUUGUGGCGUCGUCCACGCCGUCCUCGACGUCCGUGACGUUUGCAGAUCCACGGGAGACGUCGUUCUGGCAACCGUGGAUGGUCAUUGGCGCGAUCAUCCUCGCCACGUUGGUGGUGCUCGUGAUCAUUGCAGCUGCAUGGCGAAUGUACGUCAAGAUGCGACUGGGAGGGACGUUGAAAGCGACGCACGGGGCGCCGUUUUCAACGAGUGUUGCGCGAACGAAUGCAGUGAGUGGUGGGAACCCAAUGGACUGGAGGCGAGAGCAGAAGCUACGGGCGAAUGAACAAGAGGGGGCCACCACAACUGGAUCGAGGUUCCACACUGUGAAUGCAGGAGGCACUCGACGACCUGCAAGAGAAGAGGAGAUACGGGGUCCAGGGACUGGAGGUACUGCUCGCAUGAGUAGUCGACGUGCGGGGUUUGACCCGUCAGCUGCUGCUUGUCUACGGGAACCGAGUCGACAAGGUCCUACUACAACUGCAACUACUGCAACUACUGCUGCUACUGCUGCUGCUAGAGCAGGGGAGAUGCAGUAUGUCGCUAGUGCUGCAACUCGUUUGGAACCUCCGCUGCCGAUUCCCGCUCGGAAUGCGAAAUGUCAAGGGACUGUUCACUCGCAGCCACCGGUGGUGGUGACCUCUUCUCGGCUACCACCUUCGCGUCGAAGGGAAGAGGUAGUUGCAGAAGGGGUUGCACCGACACGAGAGAGGGAUGUGAAGAGCGAGCGCGUUCGUAGUGUCAGGAAGAACGCGCCGGUCAAGACAACCACAUCAUCAUCUUCUUCAUCACGACGCAAUCGACUGCCGUCUCAGAUUUAA